AUGGGCAUUGACGAGCACAGUCAAAGCGACCCAGCUGGUGAAGGCGCGUCGACGGCACGAGAUGCGCGUGUAGUCAAGAAUGUGGCCAAUGGCGGUAGUACCAAUCACCUGGAUGACCCAGAAGCAGCACAAGACGACACCGACAGCCUCGAGGACAAUGAAUGCAAUGUAGCUUCCAUGCCCUCUAUCAAGAUGACGCUAUCGCGCGAGGCGUUCUACAUCGCGCUGCUCAUCUACGGCGGCAUCGACGAACUGGUCAACGAACACGGUGCUGACGAACACGAUUUCCACAUCGACGACAUCAAUGCCUUCCAAUAA